UUUAAAUGAUAUAAUCCGCGAGAAAAGACAGCUGCUUCGCGUUAUUAUCAAAUACUUUUACUGUUUUGAGAAAUAAAAAAAAUCAGAAAAUGUCAGACUCAGUACGGUUUGUUGUCCAAAAAGCCGAUUUGCAAGAAAAAAUAACCAUUCACAAUCAAAGUAAAGAUCACAUUAAUAAAUCUCUCGAGGAUAUUAAUCUUGAUGAUGAUACCUUACUUGUGGAUAAAACUAAAGAGCCAAAUGAUCUAAAGGAUACAAAGAAAUCACUCAGUCGUGAAAUUUUGGCACUAUAUGAGGAAGAUCUUGGUCAAAAAGGAAAGCUACAGAAACUUUUGCACAAUGUGGGAAGUUAUAGUGCUGCCUUCCCUGGUGCCAGUACAAUAAAAACUUCACACAACUCCAAGGUUGCAUCAUUGGGUACAAUUGCUGGUGUUUACCUGCCAUGUCUGCAAAAUAUAUUUGGAGUUAUUUUCUUCAUUCGCUUGUCAUGGGUUGUAGGAACAGCUGGUGUACUUCAUAGUUUUACCAUAGUCUUUAUAUGCUGUUGUUGUACAAUGCUCACAUCAAUAUCAAUGAGUGCAAUUGCUACAAAUGGUGUUGUACCAGCUGGUGGAUCAUAUUUCAUGAUUUCAAGAAGUUUAGGACCAGAGUUUGGUGGUGCAGUGGGGAUAUUAUUUUAUCUGGGAACUUCAUUUGCCUCUGCUAUGUAUAUUUUGGGUGCUGUUGAAAUUUUAUUGACAUAUAUUACUCCACAGAUUUCUUUAUUUGAUGAUGGCCAAUCUACUGGUGGUGUGCAAUCAACGGCAAUGUUAAAUAACAUGCGUGUUUAUGGUACAGCACUAGUGGUACUUCUUGGUGGACUUGUUUUUAUUGGUGUAAAAUAUGUUAACAAAUGUGCUUUUUUAUUUCUUGCAUGUGUUCUUUUAUCGAUUUUGGCAAUAUUCAUUGGUUUUUUUACAAUUCAUGUGAGAAAAUCACCUAGCGUUUGUUACCUUGGAGAUCAUCUAUUAUCAAAAUCAUCAUAUAAAGUUUGCUCAAAAAAUGACUCACUGCUGUUAUCAAUAUAUGAAAAAACUGUUCCAAGUUAUCUUUUUUACAAUCUUUCAAAUACUCAAGUGGUCAAAGCUAUGCCUGGAAUUAGCAGUAUUUUUUAUGAGCAACUUUGGAGUAACUAUCGUAAAGCAGGUCAAGUAAAACAAGGAGUGACUGGAUUUCCUGGUGAAGUAGUUGCUGAUAUCACAACAUCAUUUACUAUUUUGCUUGCAAUAUUUUUUCCUUCUGUAACUGGAAUCAUGGCUGGUUCAAAUCGCUCUGGAAAUCUAAAAAAUGCACAAGCUUCUAUACCUAAAGGGACAAUAGCUGCAGUUUUAACUACCUCUAGUAUAUAUCUCUCAAGUGUUCUUCUACUAGCAGCAACCAUUAAGGGCGAUGUUUUACGAGACAAAUUUGGUGAGAGUAUUGGAGGUUCUUUUGUUGUAUCAGCAUUAGGCUGGCCUAAUAAAUGGAUGAUACUCAUUGGAUCAUUAUUAUCAACAGUAGGAGCUGGUCUGCAGAGCUUGACUGGUGCUCCAAGAUUAUUGCAAGCAAUAGCCAAUGAUGAUAUCAUUGUUUUCUUGAGGAUUUUUUCUCAUGUAUCAAAAGAUGGAGAGCCAAAAAGAGCAUUGAUUUUAACAUUGUUGAUUUGUGAAAUUGGAGUUCUUAUUGCUAGUUUUGAUUCUGUUGCUCCAAUUAUUACCAUGUUUUUUCUCAUGUGCUAUGGUUUUAUUAAUUUUGCAUGCACACUCCAAUCAAUAUUGCGGCUACCAAACUGGCGUCCUCGUUAUCGUUAUUAUCAUUGGAGUUUAUCUCUAGCCGGUGUUCUACUGUGUUUAUUUUUAAUGUUUGUUUCAAGCUGGUAUUAUGCUCUUGUUGCUGCUAUUAUUGCUGCCUUGCUUUACAAAUACAUAGAAUAUAGAGGAGCAGUUAAAGAAUGGGGUGAUGGUUUUAGUGGUUUAGCUCUUAGUGCAGCUCGGUUUAGCUUGUUAAGACUUGAAAGUUAUUCUCCACAUACCAAGAAUUGGAGACCGCAAGUACUUGUUUUGUGUCCAAUUGAGGAGAAACCGAAUAGUUUAAACAGUGAAUGCAAAAAAGUAAUAAGUCUUGCAAGUCAGUUAAAAGCAGGAAAAGGUCUGACUAUAGUUUCCACAGUAAUUCAACAAGAGUUUCUUGAUGGUGCAUUAAAACAUGAUGAGUUAGAAGAGGAUCUCAAAAAAGUGAUGAAAGAAGAAAGAAUAAAAGGAUUUAGCUCAGUUGUUUCUAUGCCUAAUAUGAAAGAUGCUUUUUCACAAAUAGUUCAGACAGCUGGUCUUGGUGGGUUAACACCAAACACUGUUUUGAUAGCAUGGCCAAAUAAUUGGAAAGAAAAUGCAAACUGGUGCAGUUUUAUCAACACAGUUCGAGUAGUUGCACAAAAAAAAAAAGCUUUGCUAGUUGUCAAGAAUCCAACAAUAUUUCCUGAAAGAAGCACACGAGAAAAGGGUUAUAUUGACAUUUGGUGGAUUGUUCAUGACGGUGGUCUUAUGUUGCUAAUCACAUUUUUGCUAGUUCAUCACAAAGUAUGGAAAAAAUGCUCAGUUAGAUUGUUUACAAUUGCACAAAUAAGUGACAAUAGCCUUCAAAUAAAGAAAGAUUUAGUAGACCUUCUUUACAAUCUAAGGUUAACAGCUGAAAUUGAAGUUAUUGAAAUGGAAGACAGUGAUAUAUCAGCUUACACCUACGAACGCACAUUAAAAGCAGAACAACGCAGGGAAUUAAUGAAUAAAAUGAAUUUGUCACGAAGAGCAAACAAAUUGCAGGCACAAAUGAUCCUUGAUAAUAGUCAUGUUUCAAAAUCACAUGAAGUUUCAAGUCUUGAUAAUAGUCAUAUUUCAAAAUCACAUGAAGUUUCGAGCGAUGAAAGUUGUACAAAAAAUGCAGAAAUGCUUAAGUUUGAGUUGGAUAAUCUCUCUUCCAAAACACCUCAGAAGCCAAAUGAGUCUAAUGUACGCAGAAUGGAUACUGCAAUUAAAUUAAAUAAGCUAGUAGUUGAAAAAUCCCAAAAUGCCCGUCUUGUACUAAUCAACCUACCACUUCCUAGUGCAGAUACUAAACAAGAUAUGUACAUGGAAUUUAUAGAGGUCUUGACAGAAGGUAUUGGUCGUGUACUGCUAGUGAGAGGGAGUGGUGAUGAAGUCGUCACAAUAUAUUCUUAAAACGAAGAAUUCUUUUUUACAUAGUUUGCAUUGAAAAAUCAAAAAGUUUUUUUUUUACCAUUUUAAAGUAUUUAACUAGCCUAGAUGUCAGAUGAUGAUUUCAUUAUUAAGUCUGAACACUGUUUAAAUUUGUUUAUUUUUGUUAUCAUGCUAUUUCUUAACUGCUUCUUUCUUAACAAUGCUGUUUCUUUAUUAACGAUAUUGUUUCAUUCUUAGCAAUUUUUUUUGUCGACAACGUUAUUUUGUAUAACUAAUUUAUUCGUGUUUUUUUAAAUAUAUUUUGUUUGAUUUUUGGA